CCUCUUUCCAGCCAAACAGCCAAUCAGAUUUCAGUAAAUUUCGGGGUAAACAAGCACAUUGAAUCAACCCGGUUUCCUUAGAAGCUUCUUCAGUGCGUCACUACAUCCAGAGCUGGAAGCAUCGUCUCCUUAUCGAUCUGAUACAAAACCAAUACUUUUAUAUUUCUUUCUGCAUAUAUAAAUAUAUGUAGAACUGACAACUUUAUACAACAAUUUUACGUUGCAUUCACAACGACAAUUUGAUUUAAUAUUUUAAACCUGAGAAAGAAAGCCCUUUAUUUGUCUUUAAGGACAAUUAGGGAUUUUUCUGUUAUAUUUUUGGAAGGCAGACUGAGACGUCGUUAAUUAUCCUUCACUUUUUUGUUUAUCGUGUUUUUACCAAAAUAGUUCCUCGCCAUGCCACAGCUUGAAGUUCUUUCCAACAACGAAAUGAAUCUGAACAGGAAUUUAGGCUUGCUGCAAGCUUCUGUAUCUUCUAUUCUGCAACAACCUGAGGUACCCAAAGGUGGUGCACUUGUUAAGGUGUGUUUCGCUGGUGCCUGCUAUUCUGAGGGACAUGUACGUAGGAAGGGCUACCGACCUCGUUUUCCUGGUUACGAAAUAUCUGGCAUCAUUUAUGAGGUUUGCAACUCUCUCCCUAACCGAAACCUCAAUCCUGGAGAUCGGAUCAUCCUUUACCCCGACGAAGAAAUCGCUGAUUCUGGUUACUCUGAAUUCUUACCAGUAAGUGAUGUGUCCAAGAUAUACCAAAUUCCUUCUAACAUGUCCUUAGCAGUCGCUGCCAUGAUACCCGGAGGUGGCCUAACUGGCUUCAGUGCCGUCCUCAAGGCUAAACCACAUAUCGAAAAACUUGCUGAAGUCAAACCUAUUGUAAACGUGUUAGUGGUCGGAGCAGGUGGUCUGGGACUCUGGACUCUCAGAAUGGCUGAAUAUUUGCUUGGAGAACACAAUACCAACGUCCGAGUGUUUGUGGCUGACAGCAAUAUUGACCGCUUGUUAACUGCUCAGGAUCACGGCUGUUACGAUAUCAUCCACUGGAAUGAAGAAGACCAUGAAGAAUACAUUUGUGAACGAACAAUUGAAGCUUGUCAUGGUGGUCUUGAUGUUGUCAUUGAUUUUGUUAGUUCACGUCGUACAAUGAACAGAUCUCUGCAAGUCCUCAAUAGAGAAGGUCUCAUCAUCGUAGGCGGAAGCUCAGUCACAGAAAUGAGUAUCAACUUAAAUGUAUUAUCUGCUAAACAGCAGAGUAUCACCAGUAUACCUAAAGGAUCUCCAGAAGAAUUAGCAGAAUUAGUACAGUGCGUGGCAUCUGGACGGGUCAGUCCACCAACGUAUGCUGUAUUUCCUGUUGAAAAUGCAAAUCAAGUGUUUGAAGAUUUAACACUAGCCAGAAUCACAGGACGAGCAGUCUUGCGGCUAGGGAACACAAAUGUUGACAAUUAAGGAAGCAUCCUUACCUCCCUAUUAAGACAGACUUUCUUACGUCCGAGAAGAAUCUGUUUUUAACCUUUUCACUUCAAAAAGGCUGUGAUCUAUCAAACAUUUUGAACUUGUUCUCCUUGCACACCAGUAUCGUAAAAUAUAUUCCUGCUGAUAUUUUGGUCGUGCAGAACAAUUAUCUAAAUGACAGCAACAAAUGACUAUUGCUGCACAGUUGGCUCCUACAAUCAUUGGUGAUAAUUCUAGGACAAGGUUGUCUCUCCACCUUUUUUUUUUUUUUUUUUUUUUUUUAAAUAAAUUUUUUGUUCUCAAAGUUACCUUUGACUUUUUGACACACAUUUGCCAGCAGUGUGGAUGUAUUUGUAGUGGGGGGAAUUUCCCCCCAACAAAUUUCCAUAUUAGAUCUUUUUUUUUUUUUUUUUUUUUUUUUUUUUUUUUUUUUUUUUUUUUUUUCUCUCUGCUGGAAAAAAAAUUUUUGUUUAUUGUGUGGAGGGCACGUGAGAGCAAUUUGUUGUAGUAGUAUCAUAUUGAUGCUAUAUGGAACAAAUAUAUAUAUAUAUAUAUAUAUAUAUAUAUACUGAAGCUGUCUGAAAUGCACACACAUUUAUAUAUAUUGUGAUAUAUUAAUGAUUAGCAGCCAAUUCCCAAAUCUCUUGUCAGUUUAGUCAACAGAAAUUAAAUUCUCGACCCAAAUUCUUCAUUGUCACACACAUACAAAUACAUCAAAGAAAAGCUUCUUCUUUGAUAGAAUAUAUAUAUAUAUAUACACACACAUAUAUACAUACACAUAUAUACAUACACAUGCACACAUAUGUAUUUAUAUACAAUGGGUCUAUGAUAGUGAAAGCUUGACUAAACUUCUUGCAGCUUCAAAGCCUCAUUGCAUUUGGGGAUUUUUUUAUACCAUUCAUGAUGUGAUGUGCUGAAAUUUUGCUGAUAGUUUGACCAUGAGUAGUUUGGCUAUGGUAUUUUGACCACGGGAAAUAGCUAGUGCACUUCAACUUCUUUGCAUUCCUAGAAUCUCGGACUCUCUGUCAUCUUCGGUAGUCCUAAGGGAAACUUAGUUCAACCUUGUCAAACCGACAACCCUCUUCGCUUCCAACUAUCCAGCUUGUUCACAAAGAGUUUUGUGACGAUGGAUUGAUUUUUCUUUUCUUUUUCCAUACUGAUUACGUCUAUUUGCUGUCUGUUACACCCAGGUAAUUGGCAAUGCCAUAUUUCCUGUUUCAAAAAUCAGUGAUUGUAUGAGCUCAGUGUUUAUCGAAUUCAUACAAAGAAACUGGAAGUCGAACCAAGAGAAAAACUUAACCGAACAUGACUUAGAGUUGUUAGUUUAAUGUGAAAGUAUCCAACAUUUCUCUCUAUAGUGUUGAUUUAGUAAACCGUGAAUUUGAAUGUGGUCUCCCUGACCCCUAAUCCUUGCUCCUUCUCCACCUUGAUUUAUGUUGAGAUACUGUAGAUUGAAUGGUCUUCUAGACGCAUGACUGACCAGCUGGUCUAUUACACUGAUAUUAUGUCUGCUGACAGCAGGGCUUUCAACAAAUUGUAGACUUAUAAAGUGUACAAAUUUCACUUUCAUUUAUAUAUAUUAAAAAAUGUAUAAAACCAGAAUAAAUUAUUUUGUAUAAUAUAA